GCCUAUCUGACAGAACGCAGCAACGCAACAACCACAAGCGACUUACAUUGAGGAAGUUACAAAAUGGCAGUUAAGCACUUCCUAACUUUCUGUUUCUUACCCUGCAAGUUAGGCAAGUUCGUAGCGAAACAUAGGCUAAUCGAAUGUCCUUAACGAGGAAAAUAUAGUCAAUGUAGAAAUAUUAUGACAAUAUUAGCAAAAACUCAAGUGUUCCAUAAAAAUGUUUAUGACUUCUCGCUUCCUGGUUGCAACAUAUUUUUCCAAGAAGAACCCUGCAAGUGAAGUGAGACAAACGGAAUACGCUUUCAACGAUUCACUAAAAGCUACUGAUCCACAACAUUUGGAUUACUAUUUACUGUAGUCUAGUCUAGUUGCUGACAGCUUCUUCAGAUGUUUUUCAACAGGAUAAAACGGACUGACCAGAAACUCAGCUAAACAGACUAAUCAUGGAAAAUGAUAUCGGAUCGAGAGAAGGUCUUUUGGAACCAGUGCUUCCAGGUUCAGCGAUAUUUGAUGACAGUAUUCUACCACCCCUGCAUAACUCUUAUCUGUAUGAGGAGUCUAGAAACUCAUUCAUUUACAGUUCUGCACAUCUGAUAAAUAAUGACAUCUUGCAGAAAAGAUAUACUACCUUCCGAGUGGAGAAGAAAGAGAGUGGUUACACCGAGGAGGAACUCGAGGAGUCGUUUGGUUUCUUGUUGUUUGAGGAUGAAAGCAAGGCAAACACACUUGGGGAUAGUGGUUUACUCACUGGACACAGUUCAUGCUCUACGCUUGGAGAUCCUUCAAAGGGAGUGUAUGUUUCAAAGUACUCAGACUGCCUGGAUGUGAAACGAUGGUACUGUGGGAAGUCUGGCUAUAUUGCUAUAGUGAGACUUACAAAGGGCAGAGUGAAAGAAAUGAGUGACAACUACACUGUGAACUUCACUCCUCCCACAGAAGGGUUUGACUGCCAUGAGUCAGAUCAACUCAGCACAGUCACAGCCACUACCAGCUCCUUUCUGGCAUUUGAGAGAACUCAGCACUAUAUGUAUGAGCUGUUGACUGGAGGUAAAGACACAGAGAAGUGUCCUCGACAUGUGUGCCCAUUUGCAAUAGUGGCAUUUUCUUAUGGCAAAGCACAUCCUACUGUUCCUGAAUCAUCAGAAAAAAGUCAAGAGAAAACAGUGUUUUACUACCAGCCCUGGACAGGCCAAUUGGUGGUUGAUUCUUUAGUCUAUGAAAUUGGACUAAAGUCCAGCAAUGGAGCUUUGUUACCAGCUAAACUCCCGAAGACAUUAAAGAUCAAAACUGUAAUGAGAGUAUCUGAUCUGAGGAUGUUAUUGCCAAAAGACAUUUUUGAAACCUGUUUUUCUGGUGAAGUUAUGGUGGGAGGAAAAUGUUGCACUCUUUUUGAAGUGGUAUCCACUGUGACAGAUGACAACCUUCUCUCAAUUCUUACUGAGGAGGUGAAGGAGAAAGACAUGGCUCUUGUUUUUCAGUUGGAUGACGCUGGUUUUUUUGUGCUGUUGCACUCAUCUUACUUCCUUUCGUAUGAAGAUGCAAAUUCAGAGAAAAAAGAAGCACUACAAGGCAUGUUUAUAUUCCCAGACUCUCGAACUAUACAGCGAGAUACUAAGAGUUGUCGUAGAAAGUCACCACUAUCAUCAGAAGUUCUCCAAGUUCUGCCAGCAUUGAACUAUGCAGAGACAGAAAUGGAGAAGUCUGGUCCGGGUCAGCAUGAGAAGAUUACAUUACUCCUGGAGAAACACCUUGAGCAUUAUGGGACUCUGAUUCAUCCAGGAUUGCAAAGCAGUCCCCAAAGAGAGGCCAGUAUGUUUCCUGACCAGUAUGAUGUGCCUUAUGUGUUCAAACACCUUUUUCCAACACCAAAGUGGACAGAAGUCAUCAAGUUACAAGUGAGGUCAUAUUUGGAUCAGCCCUGCUCCUUUGAGUUUUCUGUGAAAAGAGCUACUGAGCUGCUUUUGGCUGGUCGAGAGCAGCGCAGAGACGACCCCGAUGAUGAGGUGUAUUACUGCAUCUCAUCACCAGAGGAAUCUCCUAGGAGCCCAACAGUUGUAUGGCUUGAGAAGCCUUCGGAAGCAGAUGCCAGCUGCCCUACUGACACAUUUGUGGAGAUUCAACAUGCAGCUGAACAGUUAUCAGAAAGUUGUGAGCCAGAGUCACCCCCUGAAUCUAUACAGCCUGAACUGUCUGACUUAAGUAAACUCAGUGAUACUGAGAUACUGAGCAAGGGAAGCAUUCCUGCCCUCAAAACUUUACCUACAACUUUAGGAUUUGAUCUUGGAGAAACAACAAUAUCCAUGGAGAUAACUCCGCCUACAGCUGCAGUGGUCACAACAAAUGUAUUGACAUCUUCUUUCCCAAAGGAGUGUGACACUGUGAACUCUUGUGAUGACCAAGCACUGCAGAUGAGCGCAGCUGCUCAGGAGGUGGUGACAAAUGAAAGUAGACUCCCUAUCAGUUCAAAGACCAAUGCACCUUUGGAGGCUAGUGAUGCCAAAAUUGUUAUGACUGAGCCAGAUGUGCAUCUGGGUCCAGAAAUAAAGAGAGCACCAUCUCAAACUGACUGGAGGAGCCUACCUCGGCGUAGAGGCAGGAAACGCAAGAGAAUAUCUAAAACGUCUGUGUCAAAAAUGACGUCAGUGCAUUCCAGCAGUUUAUCCCCUGGUGUUGCAACCAAGGACUCAGAUGGUCAAUGCAUGGGAGCUGAACAGAACCAACCCGAUACUGAAAAGGACCAGUCAAUCCUGCUGAAACUGAACAGUGAGGAUAAGCCAUCUGUUGAUCAGGUUGAAUUGCCAAGCAGCACCAGUGAAUGUUGGGAAAAUAGUAAUUCCCCGAGUCAGGAAAAAGUAGAAAACAUUUCAUUUGAAGCUGAUAUUCUCUCUAAAACUAACUGGAAAAGUCUACCUAGACGUUGCAGGAAAGACCAGGACGGUCAAACUGAUGUACCCAAAAGGGGUAAGAUAGAGCUUUUGGGAGAAUCUAGUAAAGAGACUACACAAAUCCAUCCAAUGAAAAGGAAGAUGGAGAGAGAGAGUCUAAGAUAUGGUCUAAAAACUAUUGUCACUGACUGUGGAAGGAUAUUUGUUCCCCAUGGCUCUGAAGUGCCUAAUAAGGAUUUAGAUUUAGUGGUAAAGCGGCAGAAAACAGCUGAUGGCGAAAGUGGUUUAAAGAAAACAGAGGUUGAGGUUGAAGAGUCGAUUUCACUUUCAAAAUCAUUACAUAAAGCGGACAGUGUAGAUAUCAAUGAGACCAUAAAUGCUGAUUUGGUACCAAAAGUAAAUGACAAACAAGAUUCACUACCUUUGACCAAAGAAACAGGGGCAACUACAAAACACUCGGAGGAAUCCCCAGAUCAAAAUUCAGACACACCAUGUCAGACAGUCCACACAUCUCCUACUUUUCAGGAUCAACAAAACACUGGAAAUGAGUCUUCCAGUGCAGUAAAAAUAGCUGCAGAUGAAACUCAGUUAACAGAUACUGAAAAAGUUAAAGAAGCAGGUAGCACAGAACCUUCUCAAAAGAAAAAGAAAAGAGCCACUGAAUACACUAUUAUUUCAAUCAGUCAGUUAAGAACUGUUUUGAGGAGAGGCAAAAAAGAUAGUGAUUCAGCUGCAGAAAAGGGAACGGAGGGGGAAAAAACUGAGUCUAAGCCUAAUUCAGAGAGACCCCAGGGUGAUGAUAAAAACAAAGAUGACUGUGAAAGCAACAGUGACGGUGUCACUCAGGGUUACCCAGAUCAAAAAAGCCCAGCAGAGCAACUUCAGCCAAGUCAGAAACCUCAGAGUGCGCCGAGUUCUGAACAGGAACCAUCUGACAAAAAACCCUUGGAGCCUAGCAUAAAGCUGUCUGAAGACUUGACAAAGCCUAAUUCAGAGAGACCCCAAGGUGAUGAUAAAAACAAAGAUGACUGUAAAAGCAACAGUGACAGUGUCACUCAGGGUUACCCAGAUCAAAAAAGCCCAGCCAUUCCAACAACUGAAGAUUCAGAACAACUUCAGCCAAGUCAGAAACCUCAGAGUGCGCCGAGUUCUGAACAGGAACCAUCUGACAAAAAACACUUGGAGCCUAGCAUAAAGCUGUCUGAAGACUUGACAAAGCAGGCUCAAAUCAGGCACGUUUCAUCUGAUGAAAAUGUGCCAUUGCCUAAAAAGGCAUCACCAAAAGGAAAGAAACGUGCCAAUUCCUCAAGAAAAGGGCGUAAGGGGAAAGCCAAGGACGUCUUCAAAGAAAAUGAGCGGCUCAAUUCUGACACACCAUCAUCUCAAAACACUGAACAAUUAAAACAAGCACAUACUCAAACAGGCAAUGACUCUUUUACUGGGCAUGGGUUGGAAGAGCCAUGUGUUGGCUUAGGCCAAAAGAGCUGCAGUGUGGAAGGAGUGGUCAACGCAUUGUGUAUGCCAGCUGAUGCUCUGACCUUACUGGCUGACAUAGCCCUCAGUGGCAGGAGUGGGAAACAUGAAAUAAGACUGCAAAACCUUGGACUAGAUUCAGAGGGCAAGCUCGGUCAAAGACGGGGAACGCGAGACGGUGUGAAAGAAUGCGGCUCUCAAGUGUCCGUCCUCCAUUCACUAUUGAGAGACUCUAAGUCAUUAAAGAUCCCGAUAGCUCCAAGGUCACCAUUGCCUAAGGGUCUUGUUAUGAAGGGAGAGUGUGUUGUGUUCAUUUCCAAAGAUCACUCAUACUCACAGCCAUCAUCUCUGGUGUUGGGUCUGUCAGGUGCACACCUCCAGGCCUUACCUUUCCGAAAAAGUACUGAUUCCCUCACUAUGCCAAAUUCUGUGGAACUGCAAGGCAGACCUUUGAAUACAAGAAAAGACUGGAUACUGCUACAACGUCAGCCCUGUGUAAACAGAAAUGGAUUGGAACAACAGUCACCCAUAAAAAAGCUACUGCCAUCCAACAGCAAGGAGAUGCGAAAAUGUAAACGGCGCAGACAGAUUGUUGAAAAAGAUGGAUCAAUUAAAGUGACAAGACUGUGGCGGGAACAGUAUGACUUCAGUCUGGAUAGCAAGUUCACAAAUGACCCGCACGAUAAGGCUGUCACAAGAGCACUGCAUGGCCCAUGGAACGUCAACAUUGUGGACAGUCCUGAAGAAGUCCAUCUGAUCUUCCACAUGUGGAUAGGUCUGUUCUAUAGCAGAUCAGCAUCUCGAUUCUUUCACAUCGACCCAGUUGGUUUCAUUCUGCAAGAUGGUGGACAUACAAAAUUGCCUGAGGAAGUUGAACUUCAUUCCACUGCAAGCUUUUCCAAGUCUGACAGGAUGAACGUCUCCUCGCAGAAAAACACCUCUUUGAAGGUGGUACCCUCUCCACUGCCUGCUAAUCCAGGGGUUCUAAAUCUAAGUGAUAAGACCAAGAAAACCUCUACAUCUGCAUCUGAGGUGUUGGAUCUCUCAGUGAAAGGUUGUACACCAUUGAAUCUUACCUUUGCAAACACCAAGACAAGGGAAACCUUCACUGAAAGACCUGAUCCACAAUAUUUGGAUCUUCCAAUGAGUGAAAUAAAGUCACGACUGGUCUCUACAAACACAAAUUGUCAGCUCAGAGUCAACAAUGCGGCUGACAGCACUGGCAAUAUCAAAAGGGACAAUAUCAGUGUACAUGGAAUCCAGACAAAGAGCCAUAAUACUUAUGAGAAUGCCAGCAACACCAAGCCCUCCAGCACCUGUGCCUCAGAAAGCAGUGGUUAUGGCAAUACUCAACAGGCAACAAAUAUAGGGAGUGAUUUUCAGGAUUCUUCUGAUGUCCAGAAGAGAUUAGAUGGUUUGCCUGGCACCAAAGAACUGACCCAUGGCGGAAGUAGUGCACCUGUUGUUCAACUUAACAGUAGUGAUGAAAUUGUUAGUAAAGAAGACACCAUUUCCUCCCAGAUGCACUACAGUUCAGCUGUGAAAUCUACAUCUCCAAAGCACACUGAAAACAUCUUUGCUUGUGGGAAGUUUACAACAGUAUGCCUAGAUAAUGAGAGCAAUGUUUGUUCCAAUCACAGCAGUGUUGUCACAUCCAUUGGACUUGAGCCAGUAAAGAUUAAAGCUAAGGUUCAGGACAAAACAGCAGCAGUUGAAACAGCAGCAGCAGUUGAUGAUCAGCAUCAUUCUAAAGUUGAUACUAUCGUGACAGUGCAGGAUAUGGACCAUUCUAAAGAUGCCACUACCAAGACUGAGCAAAAUCUAAGUGAUUCUAACUCUGAGACCAUUAUGAUUGUGCAGGAUCCAGAAGCUUCAAAGGAGAAAGUUAUUUUGGCUGCACAAUGUCCAUCUGGUUCAAAGGUAAAAAUGGUACAAGAGCAAAAUGUCCCCUGUACAGAGAGCAUCAUGUCUGUGCAUGAUCUGAAUGAUGUACAUUCUGAUGCCAUGGUAGUGGAUGAUCCAAGUGACUGUGAAGUUGAAAAGGAGGUGCCAAUGGAUUCUGAAGUUCAACCAUUCGUUACGGAGCACAACCAUAAUGAGACUAAACCUGAGACAACAGUGACGGUGCAAGCUCAAGCUGAAUCUGAAAUGAUGGCUGUUGUGAAUAUGGAUCAGAAUGACUCAACACCAAGUGAACUAGUGGAAGAAGGGGAACUCAUUAAUAGUGAAAGUGAGACACAAGUAGAACUGGAUAAUCUAAACACAGCAGUAUCAACAUCAGAAGAGAAUAACAGUUGUUCUGAAGAUGCAACGAUGAUGGAUUUGAGUGAAAACAGUGUACAAAUGGGUAGAACGGCAGUGUGUGCUGUAAAUGAAAAUGAAGGUAGGGCACCCAUGGAGGUACAGCUAGAAUGCAACUUGAAAUGUGAGAUAUCCGCUGCAGGUAAUGAAAGUCAAGUUGACACAGGCAUGGAGGUUGUGGAAAAGAUUGAUCAUGAAAAUGUGGAACAUGAGAUUUUGCCUGAGGUCACAGUAGUGAAAGCAUGCAGUCAUGAAGGAAAUGUGAAGGAAGAUUUGACAUCAACAAUGGAGCAAAACGAACAAAUCAAUCAGUCAAGAAGUAUUAUUGUUGGAGAGACAGAGGAUAUGUCCAGUACGGAAAUUGCUGAGAUGCCACAUGGUCUAGAAGAACAACAGAAAACAAACAAAAUAGUCAAUCCAGAAGCUGUAUCGACAUCAAGUCAGAUAGCACAUGAUUCAUGGCACAUAACCAAAGAUCAUGAAUUAAAAGUCAUUGAGAAUGAGAUGAGAUGUCCCACACCUACUAUAGAUGAGCUGCAUUAUAAUACCAUGGGUACAGGCAGUGCCCUUAACCAAUGCUCUACCCCAACACAGGAUGAACUACCAUCUGACUGUGGAUCUGCUGUUGGUGAGCAAAGUUUUCAUGAGCCAUGUUCAGACCCUUAUGAUAAUGCUGUUUAUAACACGGAAGGACUGGAUUUAGCCGCUCUUAGCCAUAUGAUUACAUGGUUCAGGAAUAGAAAUAAUAAACAGAAGUUAGAUUCUGUGUCAGGCCAGAAUUCAGAGCCCUCACAGCUCAGAUUUUCCACCAACUCUGACAGUAUUUCAAGCCCGUCUAAGGAUGAGGGUAACUGGACAUUUCCUAACAGUGCUUGUCUAUUGAACUCGAUUAAGGGUUUCAGUGGCAGCUCCUCAGACGAUAUUGAGUCAAAUAUGCAAAGUGCUGAGUUCUAUAGGGUGCAGUAUGAGGAUGUUGCUGCAACUGAUCCGUCAAAGGAUGUAAUGUUUCAGAGCAGUGCUGAUGGACUCUAUAAUGCUAUGGAGCCAUACACCAGAGAUUCAAAGUCAACAGGAAACCUUUCAUUUCGCUAUCUCUCAAAGAGUGCAUCACAGGAAAAUUUUCAUUCUAUACAUGAGGACAGUACAGGGAAAGACGAGAAAGAAAAACGAAGCCGAAUUUAUCGAGAGGGAGAAAUUAUUGACACUGAAUCAGUCUCAGCAUCCAAAAUGAAAGAUAAACAACAAGAAAAGGCUUAUUGGAAAUAUGUUUAUUCAAACGAACAAAAGCAUUCAUCAGGGAGCCAUUGUCAACAGAGAGGAUAUCAAGGAUACAUUGAUAAUUUUGAUCAGACUUGGCACUGGAAUGAAGAGGAAGAUCAUGAAUCACAUCACUACCGUAUUAACAGUCAGUUUUUUAGAAAUGAUGACAAAGAGGAAACUAGCACAUCUUCACAAAGCUCUAGCACAUCUUCGAGUGAAAGUGAGCUUGAAUCAUCAUCAUGUAAUGAAUCUUUCAUGAGAAAACGGGAGGGACUUCGAGUAACAGUAGAUUUCAAACGAGGAGAUAGCACCUUGUCUGGUCAUGAGACCCCCAUAUUUACAGUGCUGGGUAAGGGAGAAAAGCAGAGGACCGCUAAGAACUGUCCUAGAAAACCUACACAUUCUAGAACCAUUCAUAACCCAUGCCAUAAAGGCACGCAGCGGUAUGUGGAAAAGUUUCUUCAAAAGUGGGAUGAUCUGCAUCAGGCAGACGAUGAUAUCACUCAGUCUUCAAUGGAUUUGGAGUAUCUGGUCUUUUCAGAUAAAAUGAACAAUAUUCUCCAAUGCUGCAAGUCAAAAAGGCAACAGACAUUGAACAUGGCCUGCAAGAGUCCUGUGACCAUACAGUUUUCAAGUCUUAAUGAACAGGAUACAUCUGAAGAAAUUUGUGAUUCUCUUCCAAUGUUUUCUGAAAGCAAGAUUAAGGUUGUUUUGCCUGAUAGGAAAGAGAGGAGAGCGGCGGAUUCUAGGCACAUGCCUCUUCGCCUCCAAAGGCUCUCCUACAAGAAAGAAAGUGAGGCAGCCUGCUCAAAGAUUUCAGCUAUUACAGCUGAAUGUACAAAGUCAUAUUAUGCAAUGAUGAAAGAUGUUUGUACAAACAAAAAUACUGUCAGGCAAACUGACAGGAUCAAGAAGAAGCAGGAUUCUCCAAAGAUCAGAACGAGUAAGCCCGUUGAACUUUGUGGAAAGAUAAAGGAAGAUUUGUUUGAGCGCCUCCACGAUGAUCUGAAUUCUGUGGUGAGACAGGCAUGCAAGACUAAGUACAGAUUUUUUAUUCUGGUGACAUCAGAGGAUCCUUUUUUCAGAGAGACAAAGGAUCUGUUGGAGAAUGAAGGGCACAUCAGUGUGGAGCCUGAUCAGUUUGACCUAGAGACUAAUACAUCUUCCUCUCCAUUACUCAUCAUUUUGAGGAAUGAAGAUAUUGCCAGUCAUAUCUGCGAGGUUCCUCAUCUACUAGAACUAAAGAAAUCAUCAAGUGUGAUCUUUGCUGGCAUUGAUCAACCAGAUGAUUUUGUGAAUCUGACACAUCAAGAGCUGUUUGGAAAAGGUGGUUUUGUGGUGUUUGAUGGAACAGCCCUGAACAAACUGACACUGGAGAACAUGAAAAAAAUAGUUGUGUUCCUGGAGAAGCUCAGCAAGAAAGGAAAGUGGAAAUGGUUUCUGCACUACAGAGACAGCCGGAGGUUCAGAGAAAAUGCACGGUCACAUCAAGAUGGGCAUGAUAGGAAGCAUUUCCUGGACUGCUGUCAAGAAGCAGGAAUUGUGGAAGUGCUGCCCUACCAUGAAUGUGAUGUGAUCUCACGGGAUCAACCAAACUACUUGCACUGUUUAGUGCGCCUCCAAGUUCAGAAUGCUACGACGCGAUAUCCAGUUUUUGUUUCAGAUGCACCAUGCAAAUCUUUUGAAAAGAAUGGGAUUUUGACAAUGAAUAUGAACACUUUCUUACAGAUACUUUCAAAUGAUUCCUGUACCAUAUGUUAAGUAUUAUAUUAAUUUUGUAUAUAAACUUCCCUUUUAAAUUAUUUUCACACUGCUUAAAAAUGAGAAAUACAGUUUUUGUCAACUUUCCGAAACGUUCACUUUAUGAAACAUCAUAAAUAAAAUAGGUCUUGAAUA